CAUCAGAUUUCCAGUAUCUCUCCAGAGACUUCUCCUGUCCCCCUCUAAAAGAAAAAUAAAAAUCCCUAAAACCCUUCAUCUCCUCCAAUCUCCUCUCAAAUCUCCACCACCACCACCACCACCAGAAGAACUCAUAGGUUGGUUGCUUAAUAGAAAAAUGGCAGACACAGAAGUGAGCAACAAUACAGAUGGACCAGUAUUAAACCUAAUGAACAAACGAUUAAGAGCACUUAGAAAGAAACAUAAUCGAAUCGUUCAAAUGGAAGAAGCUGUUUCACAGGGAAAGCCAUUAAACAAAGAGCAAGAAGAAGUGCUUCGUUCUAAAACCGCUGUACUUGCUUUAAUCGAUGAGUAUGAAAAGCUUCGUCAACCUCUUCAUACUGCUGUUCAAGAAGAAAUCCUCCUCUCCCAAUCUCAAUCCAGCCAACAACAACAGCAAGAACAGGAAAAACAACCACCAGCUGCUGAAGAAGUUGAGGAGGCUCAGAAACCAAACCCUAAUAAUGAAGAAAAUGUGAUUGAGGAUUUAUUGAAUCUCAUAUAUUUUGGGAAUCUAUUUGAUGCUAAACCUCAAAGUGAUUUCACAUCUACCAUGUUAACGAGAACUCAUGAAAGAGGGUGUUGUUUAACGUAUGAUUAUGUGACUGAUGAUGCUACUGAUUUACUCGCUGAGAGUGAUUUGGAUUUGAUUUCUGACUUGGGGAGUUUGAUUAUUUCAAGGCCUUCUCAUUCUGGUGUUUCUCAUAAGAAAGCUUUGAGUAAUUGUCUUCAACAUGCUAAGCUUUGGCGUAUGAAUUCGGAGGAGCCAAUUCAACCUGGAAGUGAUGUCACUUAUGCUGCAUUGAGAGAGAGAUUGAAUAAGAUUAUGGCUUCCGAUUAUUAUACUACUACACCAGAGAUGAAAGCCCCUGUGGAAGUGGCUGCUGCUGCAGGGAAGUUUGUCCCUUGCCAGAUCCCUGUGUCUGAGUCCCCCGAACCCAAUGAGACUGAAAAUGCAUGUCAGUAUUACCAGCAGCAGGAUGAAGAAACAACAAACUUUCAAGGGCAGGAAACUGGUGUUGAUCAGUCCUCUCCUAUCGAGGAGGGGCACCAUGAGGAAGAGUCAGAAAUGUCGAACCCUGCAGGUGUCGUUUCAGUCCAACAGCAUGACCAAACUAAACUUGAUGCUGGAGCAGAGGGGCAGGGGCAGAGUCAGAGAGAUGUAGAGUCAAAUGAAGAACACAGCAAUCAGAGGAAGUCUUACCCAAACCAUAGAGGAGGUGGCUAUGGUGGUAGGAGGGGUGGUUAUCCCAAUGGCCGAGGAGGUCGAAACGGCAGAGGCGGAGGUGGUGGAGGGUACCAGAACGGGCGCAGCCAGUAUUACGAACAACCUGGAAACUAUUAUCCAAGAAACUACAACACAAGAGGUGGUAGGGGCAGUAGAGGUGGUAACGGUGGAUACACUUCAAACAGUCACGGUUCAACUGCUUAUGGCAGCCAUGCUCAGGCUGAUUCACCAAGUUCGUAAUCAGUGGUUAGUGCCAGUGGGUCUUCUUUUGGGUGGUAAAAUUAAUCAGACUAAAAGAGGAGGGGAGAAAGAUUUACUUUUAACUUGAUGAUUAUCGGAAAAAUGUGGUUAUAGUAUGUUGCUGUAGAACAUUUCUUUCUUUUUUUGGGCGUACCCUCUCUUCUGACAGUUUUAUGUUUGUUUGUUCCCAAAGCAAGCUGUGAUCCACUUUAAGGAGAAAAAAAAACUAAUCCUUGACAGAGAUUACGUUUGAGGUUUUAACAUCUUUUAUUAUUCCUGUGCAUACUGCACAUAAGUUUUAUGCAUUUUGUCUAGGGAUGGAUGGUGCUUGUCAAUUUGAAGACAAUUACUAUGGGAAUAGCCAACAGUGGUUUGCCGUC